AUGUGCGUGAAGCUGGCGAAGGAUCUACAAUGCAUUGUUCUGGACUGUGACUACCGCAAGGCACCUGUGCACAAGUUCCCUGCUGCUCAUGAGGACACUGAGGAUGCUGUUCUAUAUGCAAUUGCCAACCCGUCUUUGUACGAUGCAAAGCGUCUCACCGUCGGUGGAUCGAGUGCAGGUGGCAACAUGGCCCUAUCGAUCAGUGCGCACUUGGGACCGGAGCGUGUGAAAGGAUGCUUUGCUUUGUACCCUGCUCCGAAUGUGUGCCGUAUUUCCGAAGUUGACAAAGUCUUCAAGUGCACAGAUCCGAACUACCACAGCGGUAUUAUCAUCCCGAAUGAACUAAUGGCCUUCUUUAUCGAAUCAUACACCAACUCUGACGAGGAUACAGAAAACCCGCGUCUUUCACCGAUUCGAUACCCUCAGGAAAAGUUCCCCAAGCAUGUCCUGAUUGCCUGUGGCUCAGCCGACUCUCUCUUUGAAUCGUGUCGCCAGAUGCUGGACCACCUGCACGACGGGGUCGAUGAAGAGUUGCGCACGACCCGCUCCUUCUUGUCGAUUCCGCAAGAGGCGCAUGAAUUCAACAACUUCCCUGAUGCGUCUGCGUCUGUUGAAUGGCGGGAUGAAAUGGAAGAGGCGGCCAAGGCUUUGAUCCUGGAUUCAGUAGGCCGCCUGCAUCAUGAGUGGUCGUGGCGUUAUAUCAGCCUUUGGCUUCAUGUCUUUAUUCUUCGCCUGCUAGCCGAGGUGGAAGUGGCUAUGACCGAGAAGCUGCGUCCGCCAGUGGCCCCAGACGUGAAGGUCACAAAGGUCCGCGUCCCAUCGCGCGAUAAAGGCCGAUCCAUUGUAGCCUUCAUCUACGAGCCUUUGGAUAAGCCGGAAGGACCUCUUCCUGUAAAUAUGAACCUCCAUGGUUCCGGCUUCAUGGUCCCCGCCUUUUUUGGCAAUUCUCGCUACUUCAACUCCCUUGUGGCAUCCAAGCUUAAGUGCUACGUGAUCGACUCGGACUACCGAAAAGCGCCUGAAUAUCCAUUCCCAUUUCCUCUGCAUGAUUGUCAUGACGUGAUGUCGUGGAUUUUUUCCAAUGCAGAAGGCAAGUUUGAUCUCGAUCGUGUCUCCAUCACAGGUUUUAGCGCCGGUGGCAACCUGGCGCUGUCAACUGCCAAUGUCAUCGGGCCGGAGCGCAUCAAGGCGGUGGUGACGUUUUACCCUCCGACUGAUGCCACCUCAUCGGGUGCACCAGUGGGUGACCGCAGCAAUCCCCCAUGUGAGUUCCGCAGCGGCGUGAUUUUGGAGCCAUGGGCCUUUCGUGUUAUGUACUCGUCGUAUGUGCCGAUGCAGCUGGAUCCAGCAAUCCCUGAACUCUGUGUGGUCAAUCUUCCCCUGGAGAGAUACCCCGACUACACAAUGUUUAUCGCGGGGCAGGCCGAUGUUCUCUACCUGGAUUCAAAAACCUUUUACGACCAUAUUAUGAAGAAUGGGUCGCUGGCGCAAAAGCAGCGUUCUCGCUUUAUCAGCGUCCCCAAUGAAGCGCACGCCUUCGACGAGCAGCCGAAGCAUCCUGAAUCGGUUAAGUGGCGCGAUACCGUGUACUAUGAAGCCAUUAGGAUGAUCGAACAGGCUUGGUACCCUGACCGCGAACCCACCGUGUUGCCAUACGGCUCAUAG